AUGCAGCCCGCAUCGAAUGGGGAAGGUGGACAGGGAAAUCAGGAUCUGCAUUUUGAACAUGCACAACGCCUCAGCAAGUCGAGCCCUCUCGAUCUCUUUUCACCGAGCAUCAACGGCGCCAGGAUUAGCCAUCCCGGAGCGACAGAGCCACCGAUCGACACCGACUCGCGUGUCUCCAUUCCGUACAAGCAUUCAGACAAAACUAUCAACAUCCAAAAUCUUGUCAAUCGCUCCAUUCAGAAUCGUGUUACACAAGGCGACAAGAUCUUCAUUCUGGUAGCUUGA